CCAGCCAGUAAGUUUAUUGUACCAGUUCCCACUAUGCAAACAGAUUAUGUAAAUACAACAUUGCUGAUUGGUUACUGCUCACAGGUUCAGGUCCAACUCUACAAAAAAUCAAUUUACUUCUUUUUCGUGCUUCCACUGGAAACUGCAGUCACAAUGACAAGAUUUAUUCUACUCACAGGUCUUUGCCUGUUAUUGAUUCAUCUUGGUUCAGCCUAUCAGCUUAUAUGCUACUUCACCAACUGGGCCCAGUACAGACCUGAUCCUGUGAAGUAUGUGCCUACCAAUAUUGAUCCCUUCCUGUGCACACAUCUGAUCUACGCGUUCUCCAUCAUUAACUCUGCAAAUCAGCUGGCCACCUACGAGUGGAACGAUGAGACUCUCUACCAGUCAUUCAAUAGUCUGAAGCAAAGUAAUCCAAGCUUGAAGACACUUUUGACUGUUGGAGGAUGGGACUGUGGUACAACUCAAUUCUCUAUCAUGGUGUCCACACAAACAAACAGAAAUACAUUCAUCCAGUCCUCCAUCAGCUUUCUCAGAAAGUAUGGAUUUGAUGGACUGGAUCUAGACUGGGAGUAUCCUGGAGCCCACAGCAGUCCUCCAGAGGACAAGCAAAGAUUCACUCUGCUCUGUCAGGAGCUUCGACAGGCAUAUGAGGCUGAAAGCAGUGCUACAGGACGUCCCCGGCUUAUGGUCACAGCUGCAGUGGCUGCUGGGAAAUCACCUAUUGAUGCUGGAUAUGAAAUUGCUGAGAUUGCCAAGUACCUGGACUUCAUUAGCGUGAUGACCUAUGACUUUCAUGGGUCUUGGGAAAGUUUCACUGGCCACAACAGUCCUCUCUACCAAUGGUCUCAGGAAAAAGGGGAUCAAAUCUACCGUAAUACUAAUUAUUCGAUGACAUACUGGAAGAAUCAGGGUGCUCCAGUGGAGAAGCUGAGGAUGGGUUUUGCUACGUAUGGCAGAACGUUCCAUCUUUCGUCUACAGCGAGUGACCUGGGAGCUCCAACAAGUGGCCCUGCUUCUGCUGGCACCUACACCAGAGAGGCAGGCGUGUGGUCUUAUUAUGAGAUCUGCAGCUUCCUUCAAGGAACCAGCAUACAAUGGAUCCAGGAUCAAAAAGUACCCUAUGCCACGAUGGGGGGUCAGUGGGUUGGCUUUGACACCAAGGAGAGCUUUGACACAAAGGUGACCUAUCUCAAAGAUAAUAAUUUUGGAGGGGCCUUUGUGUGGUCUCUUGAUCUGGAUGAUUUUAGUGGCCAGAUUUGUGGACUGGGAAAAUACCCUCUCAUCAGCGAGCUCAAGAAACUGCUAAGCAAUGUUCCUAUCACAUAUACUGCUGAAGCUCCUCCUGCUCCUCUUCCUGAUAUAGAUCCACAGUGAUAUUGUGCAGCCAUGAAAGAUGAUAUCUAGCCAAAUCCUUUUGAUGAUAAAUCUUUCAUCCAGUGAGCUGUUGGGAAAAAAUUUGCACGUCCCAGCCGUGCUGGCACCAUCUUCAACAAGAGCUGCCAGUGCUGCAACUGGCCAUAAAACUGCCACAGGUUGUUACUGAACACAUGAUGUAACAUGAUUUAAAUUACAUUUGUAACAGAUUAACAAAAUAUCUGAACAGUUAUUUGAGCAUGGCUUCACUGGCUUUAUACAUACUUACUUAUGAUUGGUAUUUUUAUUUAUUUAUAUAGUAUGGGAUCUAAAAAUGUUAUAUAUUAGACAAGUUAAAAUGCUCUUUACUGUCAGAAACUCAGUACUGUAUAUAAAUAGUGUUGUGAAUGUC